AUGAAUAUCGAACGAAGACAACAUACACAAACCACAUUAACAAAUGAAUUAGUAUUAGUUGCUGGUGGAUACAACGGUAACAGUUAUCUCAAUAGUGCUGAAUUGUACAAUUCAUCAACAGGCACUUGGACAACUACAGGAAACAUGAGUGCUGCACGAGCAUAUCAUAAAGCAUUCACAUUAAAAGAUGGAUCAGUAUUAGUUGCUGGGGGAGAGAACGGCCAUAAUAGUUAUUUGAAUAGUGCUGAAUUGUACAAUCCAUCAACAGGGACUUGGGCAACUACAGGAAGUAUGAAUGACGCACGACGAUAUCACACAGCAUCCAUAUUAGAAAAUGGAUUAGUAUUAGUUGCUGGUGGAUCCGUCUCUGUUAGUUCUCCCAUUGAUGCUGAAUUGUACAAUCCAUCAACAGGUACUUGGACAAACGCCGGGAGUAUGAAUGUCGCACGAUGGCUUCACACAGCAUCCACAUUAACAAAUGGAUCAGUAUUAGUUACUGGUGGGCGGGGUAGCAAUGGUUUUCUGGAUGGUACUGAAUUGUACAAUCCAGGAAUAGGCACUUGGACAACCACAAGAAACAUAAAUGUUGUACGACAAUAUCACGCAGAAUCUACAUUAGCAAAUGGAUCAAUAUUAGUUACUGGUGGACAGAACAAGGGUGGUCAUCUUAAUAGUGCCGAACUUUAUUAA